CAAUCGAAAAAAUAAGGGAUGCUCAUGCAAAACAGAUACCAAAUAGAAAACGCAUUAUGUGUGCUAAUUAUAAAAUUGGUAGUGAAAGAUAUGAUGAUAUUGUAAAUAGCCGGAUAUAUCCUCAACCACCUGAAAUAGAAAUAACAUCUAUGAAUUCAUCUAUCUCAAUAUCUCAACCAGAAAUCUUGCUCAUAUAUAGCUUAUCAAGUGUCAGAAAUCCUGAGCAA